AUGAUGAAAACACGCUUUGUAGUGUUGGCGUCGCUUGCGACAUUAGCACUGGCAAGACCCGAAGCUGGAUACUCUUACAGCGCACCGUCCUCGUCAGGUGGUUACUCGUCCGGAAGCACCGGCCUGAGCUUCUUGGGAGGCGGCGGUGGUUACUCGAGCGGCGGUGGCGGCGGAUACGCCAGCGGCAGCUCCGGUUACGCCAGCGGUAGCUCCAGUUACGCCGGCCCGAUCAGCUCCGGUGGAUACUCCAGCGGCGGCGGUUCCGGCGGAUACUCCAGCGGUGGUAGUUCCGGUGGAUACUCCAGCGGCGGUGGUUCCGGAUACUCCAGCGGCGGUGGUUCUGGAUACUCCAGCGGUCCGAUCAGCUCCGGAUACUCCGGUGGUGGCGGAAGCUCAGGAUACUCAGGUGGAUCCUCGGGCUACAACUACGCCCCGGCCGCCCCAGUUGUGCAGAAACACAUCUACGUGCACGUUCCACCCCCAGAGCAAGAAUACGUUGCCCCACAACAAAUCCAACAAGUUGCCCCACCCCAGAAACACUACAAAAUCAUCUUCAUCAAGGCCCCAACCCCACCGACCCCGACCGCCCCGAUCAUACCACAAGUACAACAAGACUCCGAGAAGACCCUGAUUUACGUUCUGGUCAAGAAACCCGAAGACCAACCACAAAUCUCCAUCCCGACAGUGGCACCAACCGCACCAUCCAAACCAGAAGUAUACUUCAUCAAGUACAAGACCCAAAAGGAAGCCGGCGGUUACGCAGCCAGCUCCGGAGGCUCCAGCUACAGCGGACCCACAUCGUCAGGUGGCUACAGCGGUGACUCAGUCGGACACUCCGGUGGCUCAUCCCUGUCCUCCAGCGGACCCGGUUCCAGCUACGCUAGCCCAUCGGCAAGCUACGGAUCCCCAAGCGCUGCCAGCCCAUCGUCCAGCUACGGAUCCCCAAGCGCCAGCCCAUCAUCCGGUUACGGUGCCCCGAGCUCCAGCGGAUCUUACUAG